AUGUCCUCAUGCCAGCUGGGACACUUCGCUCCCUCGGAUCACCCCACGGUGACCCCGCUACACUAUCUCAGCGCCCGGGGGCCACCCUGGGGGAGCACAGAGGGACCUUUUAUAGCCCAGGGGGGCUAUUGUGAUGCAGCUGAUGCAGUACACAUCCAGGGCUCGGACAUGAGCUCCCAGCAGACACCGCAGGCGCGGAGGUUCCCCAUCGAGGCCGGUGACUGUCCCCGCGUGGCCGUGCCUCCGGAAACGCAGGAGCCGGCAGAGGCCGAGCAGGCUGUGGGAAGGCAGCUGCGGCGAUGCCCCGGCAGCCACUGCCUGACGCUGCCCAACGUCCCCAUUGACGUGUUCAUCGCCAUGGGAGGCAGCAGCAGGCCUCGCGCCAACUGACGGCCCCCGCCCUGCGCCCCCCGGGGCUGCGGAGCUGCCAAGGACACGGAUCGGUGACGGACUUUGUAAU